CGUCAUUUCUGCUCGCCAUCCUGGCAGAGAACCACGAGAUUGUCCACCUAGGAAGUCCCUGUAGAUGAGCAGUGCGGGAGGGCGCGGAGCAGAGUGUGGAGUGUGCUGAGGAGCGGGCAGAGGCUUGGAGGUCGAGUGGAACUGUAGCCUGUGACGUCAUCCCUGCCUGGCCAAGAACUGCAGAGAGACCUAGAAGACGAUGGACCGAAGAUGUCAGCGACCCGGCAUGGAGCUUGAGGACGUCACAUCGCUGGAGCUGAGAUGUCGUCAGGCCUAUCAUGUGACACGUUGGGUCUUCUUCCCUUAUUCCUCAAAACUCUUCUCCAGCCCAGGUGUAUUGUUUUGCUAGUCCUUGUUUCCUGAAUGUGGAAAAAAUAUGCAGCCUCGCUGCUCUGCGUCUUGGCUGGGGGUAUUUGGGCAAGGAAAGUGUCUUCUUACGAAUAGGAUACACAGAUUUUAUGGCUCUGCUGCCAUUGGAAUUAACAAACACCAGCAACUUCUAUCUCAGUCUGUGCUGAACAGAGACUCCCAGAGGAGUGCCUGCCGUGUUUCUUUCUUCUCCAAGUCCAAUGGCCUAGUUUCUUAUUCUGUGCCCUACAGGAGCCUGAGUGGCAUUGUAGCAGAUCCAGUUCAGCAGCACCGGCAACGCUUAUAUGCAUGGUUUAGUUGUUUGCCAAAUGAGGAACGACACUUUGGGCCUUCAUUUGCUCUGGAUUCUAUCCAUGUGGAUCCAGUUAUUCGUGAAAGCUCCAUAGAAGACAUCUUGCGUCCGCUGUCUGAAUCAACUUUCCAGACUCAGCUGCAGACCCCACAAUGUCCUCGCAGUUUAUCUGUCUCUCAGUUGUUUCAAGCCGAUCCCUCUGGAAAACCUGUACGAAAUGUGAUUCUCUAUGGCACAGUUGGCACUGGGAAAAGCACUCUCAUUCGAAAACUUGUUCUGGAUUGGUGCAAUGAGCGCAGGGCUGAUUUCCAGUUGAUCAUUCCGCUCUCUUGUGAAGAUCUGUCCCAGGUCUCUGCCCCAGUGUCACUGACUCGGCUAAUCAACAGGAAAUAUCUUCACCUACGAGAUCUGCUACCCACUUUGUCAAAUCAUUCCAAUAUACUCUUUAUACUCAAUAGUCUAGAGUGGAUGAAUCUAGAUUUCAGGAUGGCAAACACUGAGCUGUGUAGUGAUCCAAAUGAAGCCAUGCCUCCUCCAGCUAUCCUUGUGAACCUUCUGAGGGGAUACAUGCUUCCUGAGGCAAGAGUCCUGGUCACCACUCGUCCUUCUGCCCUUAAGAGAAUCCCAAGGAAGUAUGUAGGGCGGUAUGUAGAGAUUUGUGGCUUUUCUGACACAGAGCUACAGAAGAUGUAUUUCCAAGUGCGUCUGGGCCAUAAAGAUGCAGAUCCUCGAGAAACAGAAAAUCUGGCAGAGAUGUUAAGUCGCAAUUUGGAACAUCAUAGCCAGUUGUCUGCCGCAUGUUUCUUGCCCUCAUACUGCUGGCUAACCUGUGCAACAUUACAUUUGCUGUACUAUUCCAAACCAGGCGAUCCCCCUAUGACACUGACUGGUAUUUAUACAACCUUCCUGAGACUUAAUUUUGCUGGAGAAGUGCUGGAUAUAACACAUCCCUCUAAGUUAUCUCUCAUGCGUUAUGUAGCACGCACUAUAGGUAAAUUGGCAUAUGAGGGCUGUCUGUCUCGACGCACGCGUUUUACUGAAGAUGAUGUUGCAAAGUGUUUUCAUGUGGAACUGAACAGCGAGGAGGAGCUUAAUCUUCUAAAUGUCUUCCGGGCUGAUGCCUUCCGCUUCUUCCUGACACCCUGCCUCCGGCCGGGUCAAGAGAACCUGUUUGUCUUUGCAAUACCCGCUAUGCAGGAGUACCUUGCUGCACUUUAUUUUGUAUUGGGAGAACACAAGACUGCUCUGCAGCGCCUGGGAAAAGAUGUUUCUGAGGUCAUCAGCAAAGCCGGAGAAGAUGUGGUUGCAGUAGUCAAUGUGUUGUCCAAGUUUCUUCCUCUACGCAUCUUUGCCCUCUUUAACCUGUUACGUGUUGUUCCUCGGCUAUUUGGAAGGGUUACUGGGAAGAACCGUGACAACAUAGCUCAAACUAUGACUAUAGAAAUGUUCAGGGAGGAAGACUCUUAUAAUGAUGAUGUUUUGGACCAGAUAAACUCAAGCAUCCUUGGUGUUGAAGGGCCUUCUCCACUACCAGAGGGAGUUGAUGCCGGCCCAGAGGAAGCGUUUGAGUUAUUUCCUAUAUUCAUGGGAGGGCUUCUAUCUCUUCAAAAUCGUGCUAUGUUAGAGCAGCUCGGGUGUUCAAUAAUGAACGUGGACGCAUUUGAAAUCACAAAGGCUCUGAAAAAGGAUCUUUUACGAAGGAGCCUUCAGAAGCUGCCACCCUCUGAGCUCAUGGACUUUUUGUUCUUUUUAUAUGAGUUUCAGAAUGUAGGAUUUGCAGCUGGCUUGGUCAGUUCACUACGAGAUCUGGAUCUCUCCACUGUCCGCAUGACGCCCCUCAAGUGUACGGUUGUAAAUGCGGUUAUGGGAGAUACCAGGAAACCAGUUGCAGAAUUCAACCUCAGUAACUGCCAUCUAGAUCCUGAUGCCAUCCACACUUUAUCCCCUUUGCUGAGGAGAUGCCUGAAUGUGAAUUUGCAGAUGAAUUCACUAGGACCCAAUUCCUGCAGAGAAAUAAAAGAUAUUCUGCUCCACCCAGACUGUGCGAUUACCAAUUUACGAUUAUGUAAUAACCCUCUGACAGCAGAAGGAGUGGGAUUUAUUAUGGAGGGUCUUGCUUCUAACAGUUCAUUGAAGAACUUAUCACUCCUUCACACAAAUCUCGGAGACAAGGGGGCCGAGAUGUUGGCAGACCACUUGGGAAGAAAUCAAUACCUUGAGGAACUAAAUCUGGCAUACAAUGGGAUACAUGACCAGGCGGCUUUUAGGAUUGUUGAAGAGGCUGCACACCACCCAACACUGAGCAGAGUGCAUCUCUACUUUAAUGAACUGUCUGAUGAUGGUCUCCAAGCCCUGAAGCCUGUGGGGGUCAAAGUCCUUGUAUCUCUUACUGAGGGAACAGAUGCAUCACGCCACUGGCAUCUAAUUUUAAAGGAGCUGCGGGCCAAUGUUGGAGGUUGGGAUCAUGCACGCAUUAGUGCUCACCUCACUCUACUCCUGCGGGAUCUGCAGCAAAGCCGGGCACUAACUACAAGUCUGUGGCGCAAAGCACGGAUUUUUCGUGUAGAGACUGAGGUGAAGCGUAUGCUUGGCAGAAUUCAGCAUGGAACACUUUGAAAGAGUUGUAAUCAAAAUGCAAUUUGUUGUUUUCCAGCAUUGUUUGCUUUAGAUAUUGAUUGUACAGUUACAGUAAAAGUCACCUUGAAGAAAAGGUAUGGUACAGGGUGUGUUUGCAGCAUAUGUACAAUUGUGUCAACUGUGUUUAUCAGCUUCAUGAUAUAUAAGCAAUAGAAUAUGUAUGUCUUUUUGCACUUGUACUCCUAAUACUUUUUGCAUACAAGGGAGUGGUGGCUACUUGCACGUUUUUCAGGGGUUUAUGAUAACCUUUUAAGCAUCAAGUGUUGUUUACUUCAUUGUUAAAACUUCACUUUCAUUUUUUAUAUUUUAAAUAAAACAUCUGGUAAUUGUUUUCUGAA